AUGCCCCGCGCUGGCGUUUUGCUGCGCCAGCGCUUGCAGCCCGAUGAACUCGCCCUCAUCGACAAGUCCGCCAGGGCCCGCGGCAACGGCGCCGCCGACGCCACCCGCGCUGUGAACCAGCGACGCGCUGCCCGCGGGGUGGCGCCCAUACACCAAUCGGCCGACUACAGGUACGUCAAGGGCAUUAGCCACCCAGCGGGCGCCACGGAGACUCGCGGCCGGAAGCGGGUCUUGACUCCGAAGGACGCCGACAAGCUCGACCGAGUCCGGAAGCGCUUGGUGAAGGCAGCCAACAACCAGUACCGGGUCACUUACGCCGACGCGGUCGCGGCGGCGGACAUGGAGGGCCGCGCGUGUCAGCGCACUUGCGAGGAGGCCCUGCGGAGCAAGGGGGUGCGCUUCAGGCAGCCGCGAAAGAAGAUCUUGUUGACCGAGGAGGACGCCAAGGUCCGCGUUGAGACGCUGAAGGCUUGGCUGAAGCGCCCGAAGAAGUAUUGGGAGACGGGCGUGCACGCGUGGGUGGACAACAAGAGCUGGGUCAUGCCCCUCACUCCGAAGCAGCGCGCCAAGUACAGGCAAACCCUGAUAACUGGGACCUUCGCAAACGUCGCCAAGACGACGGAGACCAAGGACGCCUUCCUCCAGCGGCUCAAGAGUUGCGCGCAGAAGUUGCCGAAGACCUACGUGAAGAGCGUGAUUGCGCGAAUGCGCCCAAAUAUGCAGGAGAUCGUCGACGCCGACGGCUACGCCCCGAAGAACGACUGA